AGGCUGGUAAGAUCCUGUCUACGUGCACUGCACACCCAUGGAUGGGACGAACGAGGUCGACGUUACUUCCGCUGCCCUGCUACGGGAGGACAAUCGAUCCUAGGAUGCCUUUGCCUGUGGGCUGCGCCGCACACAGUCUGCCACACAUCCUGUCCGAUGGGAGCGCCGCGAUCCACGAUGAUUGAGAGCCGGGAGGAGCAGAGCUUGUACAACAAUGCAUUGGCUUGGCUCAUCUGUUCAGGCAUCUCUCUGCUGGCCAACACCUGGGGGAUACUUAGCAUCAGCGCCAAGCAGAAGAAAUGGAAGCCUCUCGAGUUCCUGAUCUGCACGUUGGCUGGGACACACAUCCUCAACGUGGGCAUCCCCAUCACCAUGUACUCAGUCAUCCAACUCAGGAGACAGCACUCCGAUUACGAGUGGAACGAGGGUCUGUGCAAAGUCUUCGUCUCAACCUUCUACACCUUGACCCUCGUGACGUGCUUCUCUGUCACCUCCCUGUCCUACCACCGCAUGUGGAUGGUCAGAUGGCCGGUCAACUACAGGCUGAGCAACACCAAGAAGCAAGCUGUGCACACGGUGAUGGGGAUCUGGAUGGUGUCCUUCAUACUGUCCACGCUGCCCGCGGUCGGCUGGCACGACACGACGGAACGUUUCUACGCCAGGGACUGUCGUUUUAUCGUGACGGAGAUCGGCCUGGGUUUCGGCGUGUGCUUCCUGCUCCUGAUCAGCGGCAGCGUGGUGAUGGGGGUGGUCUGCAUCGGGAUAACCCUCUUCCAGACCUUCUCCAUGAAAGCCGCCCACAACGCCGACAAGAACAAAUUCAACGUGCCCACCAUUGUGGUGGAGGACGCGCAGGGCAAGCGCAGGUCAUCCAUUGAUGGCUCCGAACCGAUUAAAACCUCUUUGCAAAUAACCUACCUGAUCAGCGGAAUAGUCUUCAUCUAUGACUUUUUGGCUGGAUUUCCUGUGUUGGUGCUCAGCUUCACUAGCCUCAAGUACGACAAGUCCUACACUUGGAUGGUGCUGUGCUUCCUAUGGUGCUCCAUCGUGCAGUCUAUUCUCCUGCCAACCUUCCUGUGGGCUUGCGAUCGCUACCGAGCUGACGUGAAAAGCGUGUGGGAAAAGUGUGUCGCCAUCAUGUCCAACGAUGAGCUGGAUGAUGAGAACAGUCAAGACGGAGCCAUCCACCCAGAAUCUUUCUUCGAGAGGGCCUACGAUUACAACUGCACAGCGGAGGUUCUAACCAUCGACCGAAUCGCCAAGUACGACUUCUCCGCCCUGGAGAGGGGAGCACCUCAGCUCUACACCGUGAGGGAGAUGCAGGAGGACAAAAUGCAAUACUUACAGGUUCCUCCUACAAGACGUUACUCCCACGACGAGACAGACGUGUGGACCGCCAACCAGAUCCCCUCGUACCUUAACCGCUGGGGGUCCUCGGAGGACAUCACGGGCGCGAUCCACUACGUGUCGCCCCGGUACGAGCGGAGGAGAAGCAGCCUGGUCUCCGAGCACGACGAUUGCGCCUCCUACCAUAAGCGGAGGAAAUCGGUGGACAGUGUCGUGUCCCUCAAGCAGCUGUACCGAGACGACUAUUUCGUCGACGACCUGACGUGUUUCAGCCGGGAGGAAAUCAUCAAAUACAUUGACGACUCCCCCCUCCCCAGCCCCAUGAAGAGCCCCCUGCGAUUGUCUUCCAUAUCUCUGUCCCAGGAUAAAUUCAAGCCGAGUCCCGUCACCUAUUCCCACUUCCCGCUGACCAACUUCGAGAGGGAGCCUCAGGUGCUCAGACGCUUGACCGAGUACCACGGCAAAGGCUCUGUUCUCGGGCAUCCCUCGUGCCCCAAGGAGAACCUUCCGCAACCCUUCCGUGCCCGACAUGCCGAGCCGGACGGAAGCUACAGAAACGGCGAGAGACGCUCUUUGCAAGCGCAGGAUAGCUUGGUUACCAUCACGAUGCCCAGGGGUAGAGAGCAAUCCUGCCAGAACUCACGGACAGAGCUGGGCGUCUCGUGGGAACGCCAGGAGAAACUGGCAAAGAUGGAGAGCAAAGGCAGCACAAACAGUUUUCUGACCUCGCCCUCUGGGUCAUCGGGCUAUGUGACAUUUCAUCUGGACUCCAUCGGAUCCACUUCUUAGGGUCCACACCUCUUAUUGACCCGAAGAGGAAAGAUGAGAGGGAGAGGGAGAGGGGAAAAAAUGCCAAGAAAAAAAACAGAAGUGUUUCUACUGAGAAUUUUUUUGUACCACGGAGAUUUUUGUAAUUCACUCAAUUAGCGGAGAGAACGUAACAUGAGUCCCGAGCGCCAAAGAUACAGACACGAAAAAAUAAUUCUCCUGCUUUUCGAUGGCUGAAGGGAAUCUGAUCUUAAGAUGGUGGAGGGGGUGGGCGGAGGGGAAGGGGGAGAAAGAGGAAACAGAGGGGACAAAUCUGGAACGAAAGGUUCGAAAGGCUGCAAAUCCAGCCGAGUGCUGUUCUGAAUGUUACGUAACAAUCACUGCACAUUAAUUUUUUAAUAUAAAUUCCGAUUCCACACUCACUCAGAAGUGCCAUUAAGCCUGAAGCCCUUUCAGGCUGAACGCAUUUUGAUGCCAUUUUUGGCGGAAACUAAAAAAACAAAAAGAAAACAAAAGGAGUUUGUGUG